UUUAUUCAGCCUCGCUUAACGAGCUCAGUGAGCUCUGUGGGACCAAAGGGGUUCUCAAGGAAUCAUUAAAGUGCUAAUGUCCCUCUGCAAAAUCGCUUCUAAAUUUCGAUUUAUCUCAAGGAUGAAAUAAAGGCUAGACACAAGGACACUUUGCCUUCUUCAAAAUUUCCGCUUUUCUUUUAAACGUUGUUUUUUCUUUUAUGAGUCCACAGUCACCGGCUUAUCGUUCAUCUGUUGGCUGUCUUGCUUUGUUUUGGCUAAAAGGAAAAUAAACAUAUAUUAUCCUAUAAAAUAACAAAUGUGACACGUAACAUGCCGAGCAUUUAGAAUAAAACAAAAGGCUCUCUAAGUUUGGAUGUGCUUGACGCCUUACAGAGGGACAUUGCGAGAGUGAGAGAGGGGACAGAUCUGCUGCAAGGUGUCCUGAGAAUUUCACCGCGAGCUGAAGCCUGGCACCGCAGACAUGGACAGAUCGGUACCUUUGCUUUUGAUUUACGGUACAGCACUGUUUCUCACUGGCUCGUGUGAAGAUUCAUCCUGGAGUCACGUAAGUUCCGGUCCUGCCAGUGAUCCGACGGCCUCAUCCUACCUGGACCUGCUAGAUUCCUCAGAACAGACCGACUUAGGCCCUGUCCCUCCCAACGCCUUUGUCACUCCUAAUUUCCUGAUUACUUCUCAGGAGUCUGGCUUUUCCAGUGAAGAAAAUGAUGGUUCAAAGUACACAUGGGAUGAUGUGGACGAUCCAAAUAACACCAGUAUGGAGGUUGACAUGCCAAAAGGCUACAAUUCUAUUUUUAUGCAGCCAUCUUCUCCCCCAGAUCUCAUCCCAGAUGAUGUGAAUUCAUCCAGUUCCCUCUCCACCACAAAAUCCAAAGUCAGCCAGUCUGACUUCUGGGAGGUAAAUGAUGAAACUGGGGAAAAUCAGUAUAACUUUGUAGAUCCAAGUUCUACUUCUGUGGCAAGUCCUUCCUCCGAUAUGAAAUAUCAGACAGAAAAAUCAGUCCUGUUCAUGACUGAGGAUCUCCAAGAGCAAACAACUGAGGGCUACUACAACACGUCUGUCAAUUACACCAUGGCUCUCCUAGAUGCUGAAGUGUCAAACCAGGAGCUGCAAGCAGACUCAGAGGAGUUGCCUUCAUCAGCAUCAGAGGCCGAUACUCCCACCUAUCCUGAAAGGUCUUCUGAGGAUUUUUCAGAAAGGGACAUUUUGUUGGACACCAUUGCCAUGGUUACUGUAGUACACAGAGGAGUUGACAUUAAAGCCGAGGAAGGUGAUUCUGACCUUACAGCCAAGCUGUCUACAGUAUCAUCUGCAAACUCUGUGGAAGUGCCUUGGGGUGAUGGUGACGAGGUCAUGAAAGGCAUGGAGCCUCAUCUUAGAGAAGAAAGGACUACGACUCCCAGCAUAUCAAAUCAGGCUGAAGACUUUCAACCAGACACGGCUCAUGAGCUACCCCAGGUUGUCUGCACUGACUGGAGUAACUUGAUUGGAAAAGGAUAUAUAAUACUGAACAUGUCAGACAACAAUGAAUGUGAAGUUUUCCGAGUGCAGAUGGGAGAUCGGCUGCUAGCCAUGGUGGAGACAGCUUUUUCCAGAAAGAUGGACAGCCCCCAGGGGUCUUGGUUAAUUUCUCUUGGAAAGCCCAACAAGCAAGACAAGCAACUGCUGAUGACUCUGGCCAGUGAAGAAGGGGUGAUUCCAUCAAAAGAUGUGCUCUCUAUGCUUGGAGAAAUUCAGAGAGGUCUAUUUGAGAUUGGCAUUCAAAACUACACCACAGCCACCAGCUGCCAAUCUUGGCCAAGUCAACCUCAGAGUGAUUAUGGGAAGCUGUUUGUUGUACUGGUCAUUAUUGGAUCCAUCUGUGUGGUCAUUAUAGUGUCUGGAUUCAUCUACAUCUGCUGGCAGAGACGGCUACCAAAAUUAAAAAGCUCGUCACCUGGUGAAGAGCUCCAUUUUGUUGAAAAUGGUUGUCAUGACAAUCCAACACUGGACAUCACAACUGACAGCCAAUCAGAGAUGCAAGAAAAGAAGCCGAGUAUGAACGGGGUCACGGUGGAAGGGGCAGAUAACUGGCAAGUUUUAAUUAACAAACCGACAAGAGAAGACAUGGAAAAUUACGAGGAGGACACUCAUCUUUAACUGGACUUGCACAGCAUGAUGGGAUGUUGCAUCUUUAAAAAAGCUUUGCAGACACUGUGAGACGUAUUUGCUCCUCAAGCUGUGAUCAUAUCAGUAUUUGCCAGGAUUUAAGAAUAAUAAUAUCAGCGCAAAUUAAGAACAAUUAUUUGCUGCACUGCUUGGGUGAUCAUGAGUAUUUAUCAAGGCUGUACAGUUUGUGCGAAUGUAGGAUAUCUUGUUCUGCAAAGCAAUAGUGGGACAGCUAGGAAGAAGCCAAAUAGUUAAGUGUUUAGAAGACUUUUUUCACCAUCUUCUGUACUCACAAUGUGCUGGGUUUAGUAAUAAGACACUAGAUGGGUUAUGAGAGUCAUCCACAUGCCACCAACAUUAUCUAGAAUCCAAGCAGUUUAAUCUUCGUCUUGCCAUAGUGGUAAAGUGAUACAAUGUAUUGACAUCUUUAUGCACAAGUCUUGUAUAUAAAAAGAAGGA